CACGAAUCGAACCAAGAAACUAUGGCGUCAAACCAACCACCAUCGACACCAUCAACCCCACGAGCAUUAAGAACACGAUCGAAUGUACGACUACCACGUGCGAAGAAUCAAUAGACGAUUAAAUUUGGGAUGGGGGAGUAUCAUGUAUCAUUCCUUGUUCCAAGGACUGAUUCGAGGGGACUUGGAAUACUACUUGUUCUACCUAAUGAUUCGACGACAACCGACCGUGAUUUCCUAUCCAUACUACACUAAGUCAGCCAAUGCACAGAAUCCUCAAGGCAAAUUCCGACACAUUGAUCUGAAUAUCAAACGCGCGGUACACCAUGGGCAUGGAAUUGAGAUGGUUCAGGGAAGUGUCAGUUGGGAUGACGAAGACGAAGGCAACUGCACAGAGAUAAUCACUGGGUUCCGCCACAAGAUUGCUGAAUAUCAGAAGUGGCGAGAGGAUGAACCCUAAUCCUAAGCAACUUCAACAGCAAUGGCCAGGGAUUGAAUGGAAGGAUAGUCCUUGCAAGAAAGGAGAAAUCUGAAUUACUGAUCCUCGAAUUCCACACGGUGCUAAGGUUGCUGAUCCAGGCAAGAGAAGGCGCACAAUGCU